AUGGAGGUCAACAAUAACUACGAUUUCUCGCUCCCAGUGGCAUCAUUGCUUCGUGUAGGCACAUCUCAGGCCCACGAAGCCGCAGAGAACAGUCAAGGUGGCGUCCGGCUCGUAAAGGGUGAGCUGGACAAGGAAGAAUAUGUGUAUUUCUUAAUGAUGCUGUGGCAUGUAUACGACGAACUCGAGCGGGGUCUAGAGACGCAUGCGUCAUACCCGACGCUACAACCGACCUACAAUCCUACAUUGCUUGCUCGCACUCCGAGCCUCUCCCAAGACAUAUCGUAUUUACUUGGAGUCCCAGAAGGAGAAUGGCAGAUGCACCCAUCACAUAGCUCAUUGAUGGCGUCCCCUCCCAAAUCCUUUGUGGAUUAUACCACGCGCCUCCGAGAGCUCUCCGGAUGUUCAGACCCAUCGCGAUUACUCGCACAUGCUUACGUGCGCUAUCUCGGCGAUAUGAGCGGUGGCCAGUUCAUACGAAGGCGUAUCGCCAAGGCAUACAACCUAGAUCUCGACCGAGGAUCUGGAAUUCAAUUCUAUGAUUUUAAGAAAUUGGACAGUAGUGAAUCUGCGAACAUGGGAGAUCUCAAGAAGAUCAAGGAAUGGUACAGAGAUGGAAUGAACUCUGGCAUCGGUGAUGACGUCACGUUGAAAGCGGCAAUACUGGAAGAGGCCAAUGAUGCCUUCAAGCUCAAUGCUAGCAUCUUUGAGCUACUAGGGGGUCCGGAGAGCCGAGUCGACCAACCACAGCAGCCAGCUGUUUCGGAGCCGAAACAGUCUAAGGCGCUGUAUGAGCCAAUACUGGUUUCCUUUGGUGGCCUCCUUUCAGUGGCAAUGACAGUGGGCCUGGCUCAUUUCGUCCUCGUGGGCACUGGCAGCAUGAGUGGUAAUUGCGCACUCAGGGGGGUGGAGUAUUGGUUACGAAGUUUUCUGUCCGCGGCAUAA